UCUGCGCCCAGUCAAGUAACGUUUAUUGUGAUCUGAUUCAUAGUGACUUACAGUUCACAAUGUUCAGUUUACUUAAUUAUUGUUAACUUUUGCGUGAUUCUACAGCGUGUAUUUUAGUCAAUGCUAACUCCAUGCUGUGUAAAUUUAGUCUGGGUGAUUGCUAAGUAAAUACUGUAUACUGUAGUUAAAAGUUAACUUUUAUGUGACUGUACUACAUAAAUUUAAUCGUGUUGUUUAAUGUGACUGUUCCGUAGUGCAACUGAAGGCCGGCUUUUGUUAUUAGUUUUCGUAAGUUAAAUCAAGAUGAGUGUUUCUUAAGUGUGACUUUAUUCCUUAAGUUUAUUAACAAUUAACUAUUACCGUGGUUUUUUUUUAUUAGGUCAGUUCAGGGUAGCACAAGUCAUUUAGACAUUUUACCUAAUUCAUUAAAAUUUGCAGUGAAGAGACUCGGGACAAAUGGAAUCUACACUUCCUUAAUUACUACUGGAUAACUAAACACAAUCACAAACUCCACUGAAAACACUUACCAGGGUUGGCCAGCACCGUCUGAGGAAUUGUGUAACAUUAUGGGUAAAUGCAGAGACCAGACGACCCAUCUACUAGCAGUCUAUUUGAGUCUCCUCGCCCUCGGAGUGUUGAUGGAGCUUGGGUUCCCUCUCGAUUCUCCUUUCACCUCCCACUCACAAGAUUCUCGGCAAAACUUCAUGCCUCUACGAGCUCUUAGGGAAAAGACAUCUGUGGAAGGGGACGUCGAUAUUAAUAAGUGGAGGAUGGCGGCUGUUAGAUUAGUAAUUCAGAGCGUCAGUGAACCUAAUGUUGACGUCAUGAACUUUUCGUCACUGACUGGGUCCGAUGGUCCUAGUGUCUUAAAUGCCGCCAACCUUACAGAGGAAGAUAAUAUACGCGUAUAUGAUGAUACAAAUGCCAGAGAGUUCGUCAGUGACAGCAACGUGUUGGUUAAUGAAGAAAAACGUCACCCUAAUAUAAUUACUCAUAAAGUGAAGUUUUCUACUGAGUUUAACGCCUUUGAUGAAUUAACUAAUCUAUUGACGACUUCCAAGACACACUGCCUUGCGGUACACUCACUCCCGUGGCCAACAGACUACCAGGAUGGCGCCAGGUACCGCUGUUCUGUCCACACCUUCAGUGACUGUCACCGUAGAUAUUCCGGGAACAAGUUGAAAAAGUUCGACAAGCUGUGUCCACGACACACACGCCCUGGUUAUGAAGUAAACCCCGUCAGUAUGAACCCCACGAGUGGCGGCGAAGGAAAAAAAAAGCUCCAUAAGAUCACCAUAGACGCUCACUACACCUUCCUCGAAGACCUGAAGGGUUUGAAGCCUUCCCAGCGGCUAAGACUGGACACCAAAUUCGACCUGGCGGGACUCAAUUCUCUCCACAAAUACGAGAUCACCAAGAGACUCUUACAGAUGCUGCGGUGGACACUGACACACCGGGGUUACCAGCUGGUACGAUCAUCAGCUGACAGCGAUGACUUGUUUCAGUACCUACAUCAGGAGGACCUUCAGCCCCCUUUACACGUCCUCACACUCUGGCACCGUCGCUCAUAAGGAGAAUGGGAAGGACUGGGAACACAGAGGGAGAUAACAGAAUGAAGUUGAAGACAAUGGUGAGGACGAGGAAAAGAUCAUGAACAACACAGUGAUAAUGCAAACUUAGUGAGACAAUGACGAUAAAAAUUACAAGACAGAAAAUACCUAUAAUAAAUACGGGCUCUGGCAAAAUGAAACUAAAACAUAAAUUAAAGAAAAAGUUUAAACCUUCUUUAAGAUAUGAAAUCUACUCUUUACGUAACAAGAUACAUGAAGGAUCAUAAUUACAGUACUGUACUACUACACUAAUUUGCUACUGUGAUAGUGACUGAUCUCUUACUAACAUGUAUCAUAAUUCUAUCCCAUCACGUAGGAAUAAUUUAAAUAAGGCAAUAAUGUUAAUCUACACUCAGGCUACACACCUAGUCACAAGUACUCAAUAUUGACUUAAGAUAGCAUUACAUGUACCAGUGCUAUCUUAACUGGCAAUUUAAAAGAUAAUGUCUUGCUAAAAAGUUUCAAAAUCUGAAUACAAUUGGAUUUUCCUUAAACUUAAAUACAGAGAUGUACAGUUCAAGGAAGACAAACCAAAUUAAGAUUGACAUAAAAUAUAUCCUUGAGAAUAAUGAGAGGUGAAUGGGAUGUUGAGAAAGAGUAAUACAGUACUGUGUCAAAGUUUAAAAGGGAUGUGGAAGUAAAAGAAGUGUGGCCGAGAAUUGACCAGGAUUUUGUUAAGGUGGAAGGGGCACGUUGAGAGAAUGUAAAGUGAAAGGUUAAUUGGAGGAAGAUAGAAUAAUAGGGUAAAGGAUGCAAUAGAUGUGAGAGGGAAUGACAUUCAAGUAGCAGCAGUGUAUGUGAAUAACAAAACAAUGAACUCUUUACUUAGGUAAUUUUGAACAACUACUGCAAACUUAUAGUCCUUAACAUAUUCCAACUUUCAAUGAGAACCAAUUCUUGUUCUAACACACUAACAUAUGCUUUACAUUACAUUACAUUUAUCACAAACAUUUUCAAUAUUGUACAUCCCACAUAACAUUCCCAAUAUCUCGCAUUUUUCUCUCCAGAACCAGAAACUGCCCCCUCUUCCCAAUAUUUUUUCUCUUAUACCUCUUCAUGGAUUCACACAUCUCUUCUCAACCCACCCCAUUCUUUCUCUAAUAUAAUCUGUUUACACAAAAAUUCUCUCUAACUGACUCUUUACCAAACAUUUU